AUGGAGAAGCCGUUGAUACUAGAUUUUGGUACAGUUUCGUUUAGAGUUGGACGCGCCGGAGACAAAAACCCAACGUUCUUUGUCCCUCCAGUCAUAGGUAAGCCCCUGAUGAAGGAUUCUAAGGGCGAUUUAUGUGACUUUACAGGCGGUUCAGGCCAAAACCCACUUGAAUACACCAUCUUCCCUUUAAAUCCAAGAGAUAAGCACGACAAUGUUAUUCCAAUCUCAGCCAUCACAUACGGAGAAAAUGGUUUUGAAGUGAAUCAAUCAUUGUUGGAACGUUUGUUGGACGGAUGUUUGGGAGUUAAGGGCAUGGACGAAAGUUUGCAGGACACUCCAGUGAUAGUGUCAGAGCCAUCAUUGCACAACCCGAAGUUCAGACAAAAUUUUACCGAGUUAUUGUUUGAGACUUUUAAGGUUGAGAACGUGUUUCUAUGUAAAAGGUCAGCGCUAUCCUGCUAUGCAAGCGCCUGUACCAGCGGAGUGGUGGUUGACAUUGGGGGUUCCUGCACAAACAUCGCACCAGUGCUUGAGGGAUACACACUCCAAGACCACGUCAAAGAGGAGCCAACGGGAGGCACUCUAAUCGAUCGCAUUUUCUACUCAUACCUUUCAUCCAUAGGUAUCACAGUUAGACCAUCAUACGAAUACUCCAAACCACCCAAAUCUGAAUCUAACACUAACGGUGUGAAUAAUGGUGUGGAAGUGGAUACCACAGUGGUAAAGGGAGUUGUGGGAAAGAAACCCGUAAAACGUGACGAUUCAAAGGUUUUGAUAAGGAAAUUACCAUUUGUACAUGAAGAUUAUUAUCACUGGUCUGCUUUAUACGCCACUUCAGUGUUGAAGGAGACUUGCAUAGUGCUAAACGAGGAAAUUAAUGUCAACAGUAGUGGGAGAGAAGCAUACUGUUACGCACUCCCAGACGGCAAUUAUUUAGAUGUUGAAAACAGUAAACGACUUUGUGGGAUUUUCUGUAGCUCAAUCUUUUCUAAAACCGAAUACCUACACAAUAAACAUAGUGUUAAAUCAUCAAACCAAGAUUCCAUAGAUAUGGAAUCAGUAUAUAGUAGAAAAGGAUUAUCAACACUGUUAACCGACUGUUAUGGUGAGUUGUUAGAUUCAGAGGUGAAUAGAGUAGUAUUGGACCAGUUGGUGGUUAGUGGCGGGUGUACAAGGCAUCCAGCUGUAGUUCCAAUUUUGGAAAGGGACGUCGAGGAAUAUUUAAGGAAGAAGAAACUAGAGAGUGGCCCACGUCUUGUGGCUGUGGGUGGAAAUGAACAACAGUUUAGCAGCUACAUCGGAGCCUCAAUCCUCUCUUCACUGGGCGCAUUUACAAGCUUCUGUGUUAACUUGGCGGAUGUGCAGGAACUAGGACUACAAAGAGCACUUCAAAGGAGAUGCCCAUAA